GCGACGCUGUAUUCCAACCUACCAGAGCACACACAAUGACUGAAUCAUCUACCGCUGCUUUCCAGCCGGAAAUCUGGACUGCCUCAUCCAAUACCGCUCUCAAAGUAUCACUUGCGGACACCGAGGGCCACGGCGCGGUUACGUUCGCGCCGCAAUUCACGUAUCCGAUCUUUGGUGACGCUGAGACGGUGUUUGGUUACAAAAACCUCGCAAUCAACUUGGUUUUCGACUCGUGGACGAUGAAGCCGUUCUUGAACGUCAAAUACGACGAGAAGCUUGCGGACCACGAAGAGAAGGAGCUCUACGACAAGCUUUUGGCAUUCUUGCCCGAAGAGGUGAUGCUCCGUGACGAGGGCGCGUGGGUCGACGCGUGCACGCGUGAGCGCGCGACGUUCGAGAUCCCGGGAACCAAGAUUGCGUCGUUCACGUCGCGCGAUAGUGCGUUCUCCGUUUACCGCGCAAGUUUCCGCGACCUCAACACGUUGGAGCUCCACCGCCGUCUCCAGAUCUUUGUCUUGUUGUUUAUCGAGGCCGGGUCUUAUAUCGACGAGACUGACGACUUGUGGGAGUUGUUCUUGGUGUACGAGGACUGCGACAAGCCGCGCCUUGCAGGCUUUGCGACCGCGUACUCUUACUUCAAAUACGAGGGCGCUGCGCGCCACGAUGUGCGUGAUGUCGCGGCAUUGUCUGUGCGCAAGAAGAUUUCCCAGUUCAUCGUGUUGCCACCGUACCAGUCGCGCCGCGUGGGUGCUAAGUUGUACGACACGCUUAUGGAGAGGUGGCUUGCGGACCCGCUCGUGGCCGAGGUCACGGUAGAGGACCCGUCGGAGGCGUUCGAUGACUUGCGCGACCGCUGCGACUUGACGCGCUUGGCGCGCACACUUCUUGCAGAUGUACGCGCGGCCGAUGUCGAUGCGGACUGGUUGCGCGCGCGCCAGCGUGCGGAGAAGUUGGAUGCGCGCCAGUUUCAUCGCUUGACCGAGAUGGCCCUCGUGCACCAAGGCGCCGCGCCGCGCGCAACCCGCUUGUUGAUCAAGAGACGGUUGUAUGCGAAGAACCGCGACGCUUUGGCUGACUUGGAAGAGGCUACCCGUAAGGAUAAGUUGCACACUGCUUAUGAGCGCUUAGUGGAAGACUACCAGCGCAUCACGGAGAAGGUUUCGUGGCCCGCAUUCAAGCGUCCGGCGGAGCAGGCCGAGCAGUCAAAGAAGCAAAAGGUCUAGGUAAAAAGAAAGAGGUCUAAGGCCUCAGAGAUCUCUGUCGAAGGGUGCUAAGGAUUUAGAAUGCCCGUCCAGGCAUGCAAGAGUAAUGUAUAAUAUAUGAGUUUACAGAAAACAGAU